AUGGCGGGGUGGUUGUGGGAGAACUUGAGAGAGUUGAGGCCAUUGUUGCAACUUCUUUUGCCAUUAUGUGUGCACUGGGUUGCGGAAGAAAUGACUGUUUCUGUUUUGGUUGAUGUCACCACUAAUUCUCUUUGUCCUGGCCUGAAAACUUGCCCUCAGGCAAUUUACAUCAAUGGUCUACAACAAACAGUUGUGGGGAUAUUCAAGAUGUUUGUACUUCCCCUCUUAGGCCAGCUUGCUGAUGAGUAUGGGCGUAAACCGCUGCUUCUUCUCACUGUAUCUACAACAAUUGUUCCAUUCACUUUACUUGCCGUUAAUGAUUCAAAAGGAUCUGUCUAUGCCUAUUAUGUGCUCCGGACAAUCUCUUAUAUCAUAAGUCAGGGGAGCAUUUUCUGCAUUUCUGUUGCUUAUGCAGCAGAUGUUGUGGAUGACAGUAAGCGGCCAGCAGCUUUUAGUUGGAUCACAGGCCUGUUCUCUGCAUCCCAUGUCAUAGGGAAUGCCUUAGCACGUUUUCUUCCAGAAGAUUAUAUUUUUGAGGUCUCAAUAGCUUUAUUGAUCUUUGUUCCUGUUUACAUGGCACUGUUCCUGACAGAAACAGUAAGGCCAACUCGAAAAGCAGACCAGCAUAUUCCUUUUUUAAAUAAAGCGUUUAAUGUCGUUCAGGAACGAUAUCACUCAAUGAAAAAUGCUGUACAUGUUGUUAGCAGCAGCUCGACGCUUAAACGCAUUUCUCUUGUUUCCUUCUUCUAUGAAUUGGGAAUGUCUGGCAUCAGCAGUGUCUUACUGUAUUAUUUGAAAUCAGCAUUUGGGUUCAACAAAAAUCAAUUUUCGGAAAUCUUGAUGGUGGUGGGUGUAGGUUCAAUUUUUUCUCAGAUUCUGGUUCUUCCUCUUCUCAAUCCACUGGUUGGAGAGAAACUGAUACUAUGUGCUGCCCUGCUCGCUUCCAUAGCAUAUGGACUGCUUUAUGGCUUGGCCUGGGCAUCUUGGGUGCCCUAUUUAAGUGCUUCGUUCGGGGUAAUCUACAUCCUUGUGAAACCUUCUACUUAUGCAGUUAUAUCCAAAGCGUCAAACUCAGCAGAUCAGGGGAAAGCUCAAGGAUUUAUUGCUGGCGUGCAAUCCAUUGCAAGUUUAUUAUCUCCACUAGCAAUGACUCCGUUAACCACAUGGUUUCUAUCCAGCAAUGCUCCUUUUGACUGUAAAGGCUUCAGUAUUAUAUUUGCAUCUAUAAGCAUGGUCAUUUCCUUGUGUUUUGCCUGGACUCUGAAACUAGAUGCUCCAUCCAACAGGAUAUUAGAGGACAACACGGAAAACAUUGAAGCCCCUCUUUUAUCCUAA